AUGCAGCAGCAGCAGGAGCAGGAGCAGGAGCAGCAGGCGGCGCGGCGGCGGCGGAGCCCGGGGGGCUGGGAGGGGGCCACGGUGGACGAGGCCUCCAUGGAGCGCAGCAAGAGCUUCGUCAAGGCCCUGCAGGAGCUCAAGAACCUGCGGCCGCAGCUCUACUCCGCCUCCGAGUACUGCGAGAAGUCCUACCUCAACACCCACCAGAAGCAGAUGGUGCUGGACAACCUGAAAGACUACGCGGUGCGGGCCGUUGUCAACGCCGUCGACCACCUAGGCACGGUGGCCUACAAGCUGACGGACCUGUUCGAGCAGCAGGCUUCCGAGAUCUCGACCUUCGAGCUCAAGCUUGCGCGCUUGAACCAGCAAGUUUUCACCUGCCAAAUCUAUGUGGACAAAGAAGGCUCCAGGCAGCAGCAGAUGAUGGGGGCGAGCAUGAAGCACCACAAGCACUAUAUCCUACCAUCUACUGGUUAUAAGAGAACUCAGGCUGUCGCGCACCUGGGAACAGACACUAAUCAGGAAUCACAGCCUAGACCUUACCCCUCAGCAAAGACGCUUUCCUGGCAUCUGGCGUCGGACAAUAGCCCUUCGGCAAAUGGAGCUCAUAAACCAACGUUCAUCCUAGACGACACGAUAUCGUCCAAAGUCGCAUCAGAUGGUUCAAAUCUUCUUGGUAAGGAGCAGCCUGCUUCCCCCAUGCGCAGGCCUCUGCAACUGAACCGGAAUACCAAAUCCGAUGUUACACAAAAGGCUGGCACAAAGGAUCAGCCGGGUGUCAAGCAUAUGUCGACGUUUAGUUCUUUCGACAGGGCUACAGGGCGUGAAAUCCAGAAGGCUCCUGCCAGCACGAAGAGCAUGCUAGCAUCUCUGUUUAUCAAGCACAAGUCGGCAAAGAUGAAAAGUAUCUCAGCCCGAUGA